UUUUCAUUCAUAUGAAUAUGGUAGAUAUUUAUUUUCGAAGGUUUAAAGUUUUGUUCUCAGAGUUGGCUGUUACGCUCAGUAUACUAUACUACUGGUGCUUCAGCGUACUAUAUUUAACUCGGUUUCUUUAAGAGUCCAAACACUAAUGUUCCUAUAGAUAACAGUCCAGCACUCACCACAAUCCACAUUGAUUUAAGAUUUCUUUAAACAUUUUUCAUUAUGUGGUUAACUUGUCCUUCCAAAUUACAUAAUUUCAAAAAUAAUAUGUGAGUAUUUGACAAUCUAAAAAUAUGCAAGCUGUUGCCGUAAGAACUCCUAGGUCAAUUUCAGCAGAAGAAUGUUCACCCAGACAAAAAUCCGAUGUUGGAAAAGCAGCACGAAAAGCAAAACGUGUACGAUUUCUUGUAAAUGGUGAUCGUUUUUGCAAAGGUGUUGUUGUAGCUGUUACACAUGAGCGCUAUCGUUCGUUUGAUAGUUUGCUCGCCGAAUUAUCAAACACGUUGUCUGAGAAUAAACAUCUACCUAGUGGAGUCAGAACGCUGUUCUCAUUGGAUGGACAUAAAAUAUCUCAAUUAGAUGAUCUCGAAGAUGGCAAAUUCUACAUUUGCUCUGGUGGUAAUAACGCAAUUUUAAAAAAACUGGAUUAUGCAGCACUAAACAAUGUUAAACCUUCUCGAUCCUUGAGCAAAUUACAAUCCAAUCAUUCAGUUUUAAGUAGCCCAAGUAAACAACAAUCGCAACUCAACAUUAGACCUAAAAUUAUAUUUGUCGUAAGAAGUGGCACUAGACCUCGUAAAAUAAUUAGAAUGCUUUUAAACAAGCGCAACUCUCCGUCGUUUGAACAUGUACUUUCACUCAUCACCGAUUCAAUUAAUUUGGACACCGGAGCUGUUCGCAAAGUAUAUGCAACAUCUGGAUCUCAAAUAACAUUGCUGAAACACUUUUUUGAAUCCGACGAUUUGUUUUUUGUGUAUGGGUCUGAACGAGUAUCACAAGAUGAUUUAAAACUAGAUUUUGAAGAAAUGAAAACCGUACAAUCACAUAAACGUGGCCUAAGAAAACCCCCUAAUGAACUGAAAAAUGGAACACAUUGCAUGGAUGAAACUGGGAGACGAGUACCACGAUUGCCAAAAACUACAAAAGCUAAUAGAAACAUCACUGGAUCAAUACCAAGCAAAGUUUUGAAUAGAUAUACCAUUGGCGAUAGGCUAGGAGAUGGAAAUUUUGCAGUGGUGUACCGGUGUUAUGACAAACGUAGUAAUUCUGAAUAUGCUUUGAAAGUAAUUAAGAAAAUCGAAGCGCCUCAAAUGAGCCAAAUGAUCGAAAACGAAUUAUCAAUAUUGAAAACAGUCAGUCAUCCAAAUAUCAUUAAUUUGAUAUCCGAUCUAGUGACGCCUACAGAUGUUUACUUGAUUACUGAACUCGUUAACGGUGGCGAUUUAUUUGAAGCCAUUGCUAGGUGUACAGACUUUUCUGAGCGCGACACUCGUUUAAUGACAAGAAAUUUGGCAUCAGCCUUAGCAUACUUGCACGGAUUGGAUAUUGUACACAGAGACGUAAAACCCGAAAACUUACUAGUCGAGUUUGACGACAGUGGGCACGUGCUACAUCUAAAACUUGCCGAUUUCGGUUUAUCACAAAAAGUUACUGAACCUUUGUUCAUGGUUUGUGGUACUCCCACGUAUGUUGCACCUGAAAUUCUCACACAGGAGGGAUACGGUGUCAAAAUUGACAUCUGGGCCGCUGGCGUCAUAUUGUAUAUACUUUUGUGCGGUUUCCCGCCAUUUGUCAGUGAGAACAAUAGCCAAGAAGAACUUUUCGAUGAUAUACUUAGUGGAACAUAUGGUUUCCCAGAGCCAUAUUGGGACAAUGUGUCUGAAGAAGCCAAGGACUUGGUUUGCUCAAUGUUACAGUCGAAUCCUAGCUUACGGUUUUCUGCUGAGGACGUGCUCGACCACCCAUGGUGUGAUGAGUACGAGUUGUGAUCAACAAUUACUUCCUAAUUAUCAAUUUUUUCCGCCAUUUAAUCAAUUUGGCAAAACAAAAUACGCUAUUAUUGUUUUAUAUUAAUACAAUAGUAAUAAUAAUAAUGAAGUGCAAUUAGACUUGUAUAACUGUUACGAUAUUUUAAUUAUUAUUAUUUUUAAUUUGAAAUUGUAUUUUUUUCUUUUUUUUU